AUGGGAUAUUACAUUUCUGGAAGUGCUAACAUUACGUGUCAGGCGUCUGGAGAAUGGAACAGUUCAACUCCCCUUUGCACCAAAUUCAACUGCGGAAAUCUAGAGAUUCCAGCUGACGGAAGCAUAUACAACUCAUCAGGAACGGAAUACGGAGCAACUGCAUAUUUUUCAUGUAGAGAUGGAUAUUAUCUGACUGGUAGUCCAAACGCUACGUGCAACGCAACAGGUCAAUGGGAUAACCCCGAACCGAAUUGCUCCAUAUACGACUGUUUUUCCUUGAACAACAUAACAAGUGGAUAUGUAGAUACUCCCGAUGGAGCAACUUUUGGAGAAACAGCAACUUACGCAUGUUUUCCCGGAUAUGACCUCACCGGAAAUGCUACUACGCAGUGUCUUCAUGGAGGAGAAUGGAGCUCCAAACCACCGAUCUGUGUCGUUAAAGAUUGUGGGAAUGUUACUUUACCUGUUAACGGAUUUGUGGACGAUACGAACGGAACAACAUUCGGCGAAAUCGUUAAAUACAGUUGUGCAACAGGGUACGAUCUGGCUGGAGACGCGUCUAGAAUAUGUGAAGCCGACGGGACCUGGAACUCUUCUGAUCCUAAGUGUGAAAUUCAUGAUUGCGGUAAUCCUGGAAACGUUGAUAAUGGGAACGUGCAAGUCAAAAACGGCAGUACCUACCAGAGUUCUGCUUUGUAUACUUGCCACAAUGGAUAUAUGAUUUCCGGCGACAAUGCGUACAGAAUGUGUACACCGACCGGCUGGGAAGAUCCGGCCCCUGAAUGUGUUAAGGAAGCUUGUCCUUCACCCCCAAUUACUAUGAACGGAAUGAUUAUACUGUUGGACAACAGUACGUUGGUUGGAAGUAAAUACGAAGUCGCUUGCGAUCCAGGUCUUAUACCGAAACCAGGCGGUCCACGAACAUGCAAAACAAGUCUGGAGUGGACAGGUCGUAAUAUAACGUGUGAAAUACCUGAGUGUAUACCGCCAAUCCAGUACGGUGCAAAUAUAACGGUAAAUGGUUCACGGCCUGGCGAUUUCGCAUUUUAUGAGUGUUUGCCGGAUUUCAACAUGUCGACCACAGAUGCUUACCGGACAUGUUUGAUUACGGAGUUAUGGAGUGAUCCCGAGCCACUGUGUUUAGGGCGAGAUUGCGGCGAAGUGGAAACUAUAACAAACGGUUCUGUGUUGACCCCUAAUGGAACACGGCAUCCCUACAGUAUAUAUUACGUGUGUGACGAAGGCUUUAACAGUAUUGGAGACAUUAUUAGAACCUGUCAGGUUAACGGGUCGUGGGAUAAUUUGAAACCUAAUUGCAGCAUAGUGGAUUGCGGUCCACCUCCAACGCCUGUAAACGGGUCUAUUGCGGAGCUCCUCGGCACUUCAUACGGCAACAAUAUACCUAACGGAAAUGUUUCUACACCUUCUGGGACAGCUUUCGGACAGAACGCAUCAUAUACUUGUAACGAAGGUUAUACAUUGACUGGUGGUUCAACCAUCACAUGCAACGCAACAGGCCAAUGGAAUGGUCCGGUACCGAAAUGCACAAUAUACGAUUGUGGUGAACGUAACUUAACCAAUGGCAUCGUAAACACAUCCACCGGAACACAGUAUGAGGCAACUGCUUACUUCUCCUGUAAUGAUGGAUACUAUCUGAUGGGUAGUCCAGACGCUACUUGUAACGCAACAGGCCAAUGGGACAGUCCUUUACCGAAUUGCACAAUAUACGAUUGCGGUGAACCUUACUUAACAGACGGUGUCGUUAACACAUCCAAUGGAACACAGUAUGAGACAACUGCUUACUUCUCCUGUAAUGAUGGAUACUUCCUGACAGGUAGUCCAGACGCUACUUGUAACGCAACAGGCCAAUGGGACAGUCCUUUACCGAAUUGCACAAUACAUGAUUGUGGUGAACUUAACUUAACCAACGGUAACGUAAUUACAUCCACCGGAACACAGUUUGAGGCUAUUGCUUCCUUCUCCUGUAAUGAUGGAUACUUCCUGACAGGUAGUCCAGACGCUACUUGUAACGCAACAGGCCAAUGGGACAGUCCUUUACCGAAUUGCACAAUACAUGAUUGUGGUGAACUUAACUUAACCAACGGUAACGUAAUUACAUCCACCGGAACACAGUUUGAGGCAAUUGCUUCCUUCUCCUGUAAUAAUGGAUACUUCCUGACAGGUAGUCCAGACGCUACUUGUAACGCAACAGGCCAAUGGGACAGUCCUUUACCGAAUUGCACAAUACAUGAUUGUGGUGAACUUAAAUUAACCAACGGUAACGUAAUUACAUCCACCGGAACACAGUUUGAGGCUAUUGCUUCCUUCUCCUGUAAUAAUGGAUACUUCCUGACAGGUAGUCCAUACGCUACUUGUAACGAAACAGGCCAUUGGGACAGUCCUUUACCGAAUUGCACAAUACAUGAUUGUGGUGAACUUAACUUAACCAACGGUAACGUAAUUACAUCCACCGGAACACAGUUUGAGGCAAUUGCUUCCUUCUCCUGUAAUAAUGGAUACUAUCUGACAGGUAGUCCAGACGCUACUUGUAACGCAGCAGGCCAAUGGGACAGUCCUUUACCGAAUUGCACAAUACAUGAUUGUGGUGAACUUAACUUAACCAACGGUAACGUAAUUACAUCCACCGGAACACAGUUUGAGGCUAUUGCUUCCUUCUCCUGUAAUAAUGGAUACUUCCUGACAGGUAGUCCAGACGCUACUUGUAACGCAGCAGGCCAAUGGGACAGUCCUUUACCGAAUUGCACAAUACAUGAUUGUGGUGAACUUAAAUUAACCAACGGUAACGUAAUUACAUCCACCGGAACACAGUUGGAGGCAAUUGCUUCCUUCUCCUGUAAUAAUGGAUACUUCCUGACAGGUAGUCCAUACGCUACUUGUAACGAAACAGGCCAAUGGGACAGUCCUUUACCGAAUUGCACAAUACAUGAUUGUGGUGAACUUAACUUAACCAACGGUAACGUAAUUACAUCCAACGGAACACAGUUUGAGGCAAUUGCUUCCUUCUCCUGUAAUAAUGGAUACUAUCUGACAGGUAGUCCAGACGCUACUUGUAACGCAGCAGGCAAAUGGGACAGUCCUUUACCGAAUUGCACAAUACAUGAUUGUGAUGAACUUAACUUAACCAACGGUAACGUAAUUACAUCCACCGGAACACAGUUUGAGGCAAUUGCUUCCUUCUCCUGUAAUAAUGGAUUCUAUCUAACAGGUAGUCCGGACGCUACUUGUAACGCAGCAGGCCAAUGGGACAGUCCUUUACCGAAUUGCACAAUACAUGAUUGUGGUGAACUUAACUUAACCAACGGUAACGUAAUUACAUCCACCGGAACACAGUUUGAGGCUAUUGCUUCCUUCUCCUGUAAAAAUGGAUACUAUCUGACAGGUAGUCCAGACGCUACUUGUAACGCAACAGGCCAAUGGGACAGUCCUUUACCGAAUUGCACAAUACAUGAUUGUGGUGAACUUAACUUAACCAACGGUAACGUAAUUACAUCCACCGGAACACAGUUUGAGGCAACUGCUUACUUCUCCUGUAAUGAUGGAUACUUCCUGACAGGUAGUCCAGACGCUACUUGUAACGCAACAGGCCAAUGGGACAGUCCUUUACCGAAUUGCACAAUACAUGAUUGUGGUGAACUUAAAUUAACCAACGGUAACGUAAUUACAUCAACCGGAACACAGUUUCAGGCAAUUGCUUCCUUCUCCUGUAAUAAUGGAUACUUCCUGACAGGUAGUCCAGACGCUACUUGUAACGCAACAGGCCAAUGGGACAGUCCUUUACCGAAUUGCACAAUACAUGAUUGUGGUGAACUUAAAUUAACCAACGGUAACGUAAUUACAUCCACCGGAACACAGUUUGAGGCUAUUGCUUCCUUCUCCUGUAAUAAUGGAUACUUCCUGACAGGUAGUCCAGACGCUACUUGUAACGCAACAGGCCAAUGGGACAGUCCUUUACCGAAUUGCACAAUACGUGAUUGUGGUGAACUUAACUUAACCAACGGUUACGUAAUUACAUCCACCGGAACACAGUUUGAGGCUAUUGCUUCCUUCUCCUGUAAUAAUGGAUACUAUCUGACAGGUAGUCCAGACGCUACUUGUAACGCAGCAGGCCAAUGGGACAGUCCUUUACCGAAUUGCACAAUACAUGAUUGUGGUGAACUUAACUUGACCAACGGUAACGUAAUUACAUCCACCGGAACACAGUUUGAGGCUAUUGCUUCCUUCUCCUGUAAUAAUGGAUACUAUCUGACAGGUAGUCCAGACGCUACAUGUAACGCAACAGGCCAAUGGGACAGUCCUUUACCGAAUUGCACAAUACAUGAUUGUGGUGAACUUAAAUUAACCAACGGUAACGUAAUUACAUCUACCGGAACACAGUUUGAGGCAACUGCUUACUUCUCCUGUAAUGAUGGAUACUUACUGACAGGUAGUCCAGACGCUACUUGUAACGCAACAGGCCAAUGGGAUAAUCCUUUACAUACAACUUGUUCUCUUGUUGACUGCUUCACACCUGAUGAAAUAUCUAAUGGAAAUGUUUUUACGUCUUCGAUGACAACAUUUGGACAAAACGCUACAUAUACUUGCAGCGAGGGUUAUAACCUGACCGGAGCGCAUAUAAGAACAUGUCAAGGAAACGGAUCUUGGAGUUUUGAUACACCAUCGUGCUUGCUAGUUGAAUGCGGGGAUUUGCUCCCUCCGACAAAUGGAAACAUUGCUGUUUCCACUGGAACGACAUUUGGACAGCAAGCUGUAUAUUCGUGCCAACACGGUUACGACCUUAAUGGAGCCAACACUCGGACGUGCACCGCUAACGGCACCUGGAGUGGAUCACCGCCGGGCUGUAUAGUGUCCCUGGGAAAAGCAAGGACCACGCCGUCACCAAAGAAGCUGUACAUAAUGCCUUGUAUAUGUUAUGAACACCACGAAUGGGAGAAUCUGACGCAAGAAGAGAUCAUAGAUCAACUCGUUAAAGACCUGAGCAUCGACGUGACCAAUACGACACUCGCCCAGUCAAGGCUCAUCAGAAAACCUCAAAUGCCGGUACAUCAGUAG